AGGAGACAGGACAUUGGGUCAGCGCUGUGCAAAAUCCCCAAAUUGUAUCAUGUUUAAAGAGUUGCUCUUGAACGUCAGACUCAUUUGGGUGCCCAGCCUUUGUCAUCUUUAGAGCCAUGUCAAUUGUCUAUGUCUUUGAAGACUAUUUCUCUUGGAAUGACUCCAGUAUCAAUGACUCCAGUAUCAAUGAGUCCAGCACAUUCACUCCAGAUCCACAUACCUUAAAAUGUGGACACAAACCUCUGGAACCUACAGCAGCUAUUACCCUAUGUUUAAUCCUCAUAGGCAUCUUCUUACUGGCUAUACCAGGAAACCUGCUGGUAGGAUGGGUGAUCAGGACCAGCCAACAAACUCUGACUCCAUCAGAUGUAUACCUGUUCCACCUGACCAUAGCAGACGGACUGAUGGCUCUGACGCUCCCGUUCUUUGCUGUAGCACUGAUCCAAGGAUGGGUCUUUGGAGACUUCCUGUGUAAAUUCCUCAACCUCGUCAUGGAUGCAAACUUCUACACCAGCAUCAUCUUCCUCGCCUGUAUUAGCAUCGAUCGUUACCUUGUGAUUGUGCACGCCAGGGAGACACUCAAGAGCCGUCAGAGGAUGUGCAGCAAAAUGCUCUGCACAGCGGUGUGGGCCCUCGGUUGUGCCCUCGCUCUUCCUGCUCUUUUCAAUGAUGUCAGGGAGAAAGAUGCCGAGAAGAUGAUGUGCUCUGUGAGCUUUGACAUCGGCAACUCCAUCGUAUGGAGGCUCGCCACUCGGGGAUUCAUUCAUAUUUUUGGCUUUUUGGUCCCUGCGAUUGUCAUGAUAUCCUGCUACAGCAUCACUGUUGCACGGCUGCUGCUCACUCGUGGUUUCCAGAAGCACCGAGCCAUGCGGGUGAUCAUAACCGUGGUGAUUGCGUUUCUGCUCUGCUGGACACCAUACCAAAUAACCAUCAUGGUAGACAUACUGCUGAGAGCUGAUCUAGUAAAGUUCGACUGUGCUGUGAGGAGGUCGGUGAGCACAGCCGUGGUUGCAACCCACUGCCUGGCUCUGCUGCACAGCUGCAUCAACCCUUUCCUCUAUGCCUUUGUGGGAGAGAAGUUCAGGAAGAAGAUGAAACUGCUUCUUCAUAGAAAGCUCAGACAGGAAAGGAUGUCAGGGUCAAGGUUCAGCAGGUCAACAUCUCAGACCUCAGAAGGCAUUGGAACAGUUCUCUGAGUGCUCAGUGAAUUUUUUUAUCUCAAGACUUCUAGAAAACAAACUGCUUUUAAAUAUAUAAAUGAAGGAAAGAUUGAUCAUUUAAAUUUGUCUAGUUGUCCAAAGUUUAAUUAUUAGAGUGAAUCAUUUCUGCACCAUUUAAUACAUAUUAAGGGCACUGAAUUUGCACCAAAAUCAUGGACUGAAUAGCAAACAUGGCCACCAGUAGAAUCUGUGCUCCAUUAAAGAAAUGUAAGAGCCAUAUUUUUUUUUAAAAUUUGGCUCAUGUAAAUUAUUUUAAAUCUUAUGUGGGGGAAUUUGGACCUGAUGAUGUCAUCUUAGAGCUGUAAAUAUCUUUUAUUUCAAUUUCUUGACUUAUUUUAUAACUGGUUUUUAAUUGACUAACAUUUUUAUAUAUUAGUUACUAUUGUCACACACAAUCAACUAAACCAACUGCGACUUAUGGUAGAUUACUUAAGGGUUUAAAAUAAGAUUAAUAAUUACAAAGUCUAGGUCUCUUUGCUCUUGCUGCAGGGUAGUGUGGAUAUUGUGCAUUAUUUAAAUGUCCUUGCCCAGAUUUCAUAUUAAGUUUACGUGCUGCAUUGCUGCCAUCUAUUGGAUUAUCUUUGGUAAUAAGGAAUUUCCUCUAUCUGGAUCAAGUCCAUGUUCAUUUUUACACACGAUUGAAUUCUGUGUCAUUCUGUCUGAAAUCAAAUUAAAUGUUCUGCUUGACCAUUUCUAACUUGUAUAAUCAUUUUAUGGUAUAAAGAUUGAGCAUAUAUAAUGAUUGCUGUGAAAUUUUAGCUUCGUGUAUGAAAGAGUUUUCAAGAUAUAUAUUUUUCAAAAAUGCCCAAUCAAAGCACAUUCAUGCCAUUUCUCUUGCACGUUGAAAUCGGAGACAAUGUUUGAACACGACUAUUAAAAAAACAAAAACAAAAUC